UGAGGCUGGCCGCGGCGUGGGUGGUGCCCCUCCGGCCCGUCCCGGCAGCCCCUGCGCCGUGCUGCUGCUGGCUGAGUCGGUAAGAUGGCGGCUGUGAGUCUACGGCUCGGAGACUUGGUGUGAUAAAAAGAAGUGCGUGGUCCAGGCUGACAACUGCAGUUUCUCAUCCGAAACAUUGACAGUGGUGUGAAGUUGUCUAAUUUAUAUAGCAAAGGGGAAGCUGGGCCGGUAUCCUCCUUGGCCAGGAAAGAUCGUUAAUCCGCCUAAAGACCUGAAGAAGCCUCGUGGAAAGAAGUGCUUCUUUGUGAAGUUUUUUGGGACAGAAGAUCAUGCUUGGAUCAAAGUGGAACAGCUGAAGCCUUAUCACGCCCACAAAGAGGAAAUGAUCAAGAUUAACAAGGGUAAGCGCUUCCAGCAGGCUGUGGAUGCUGUGGAGGAGUUCCUUAAGAAAGCCAAAGGCAAGGACCAGGCGUCUUCCCAUAACUCCAGCGAAGAGAAGAACCGGCGUAAUUCCAGUGAGGAGAGAGGCAAGCAGUCUGCUGGUGAAGAGAAACGCAAAGCUGGUUUGUCUGAAGGGAAGUUGAAGAAGAGCACAGGGGAAGGGAAGAAGCGAGCGUCUUCUGUUUCAUCAGAGCGAGGCUCAAAAUCGCCCCUGAAAAGAACACUAGAUCAGAGCCCCCGGAAGCGGGGACGGCCCCCCAAAGAUGAGAAGGACCUCACAAUCCCUGAGUCCAGUACAGUGAAGAGAGUGAUGACUGGAACAGUGGCAGGAUUUAAGUGGCCUCCUGGUGUAAGUGAGCCUGUGAAGGAUGGUGACCCACAUUUCCAUCACUUCUUGCUCAGCCAGACAGAGAAGCCAGCUGUCUGCUAUCAGGCAAUCACUAAGAAGCUGAAGGUGUGUGAGGAGGAAACAGGAUCCACCUCCAUCCAGGCAGCAGACAGCACAGCAGUUAAUGGCAGCAUCACUCCUACUGACAAAAAGAUAGGAUUUCUGGGUCUCGGCCUGAUGGGAAGUGGCAUUGUCUCCAACUUACUAAAAAUGGGGCACACGGUCACUGUAUGGAACCGGACUGCUGAGAAGUGUGAUUUGUUCAUCCAGGAGGGGGCACGGCUGGGAAGAACCCCCGCUGAGGUGGUCUCGACCUGUGACAUCACCUUCGCCUGCGUAUCAGAUCCAAAGGCAGCAAAGGAUCUGGUACUUGGUCCAAGUGGGGUAUUGCAGGGAAUACGCCCAGGGAAGUGCUAUGUGGAUAUGUCGACAGUGGACGCAGAUACUGUCACAGAAUUGGCCCAGGUGAUAGUAUCCAGGGGUGGUCGCUUCUUGGAAGCACCAGUCUCAGGAAAUCAACAGCUGUCUAAUGAUGGGAUGCUGGUGAUCUUAGCAGCUGGAGAUAGGGGUUUAUAUGAGGACUGCAGUAGCUGUUUCCAAGCAAUGGGGAAGACCUCUUUUUUUCUAGGUGAAGUAGGCAAUGCUGCCAAGAUGAUGCUGAUUGUGAAUAUGGUCCAAGGUAGCUUCAUGGCUACGAUAGCAGAAGGACUGACCCUGGCUCAAGUGACUGGUCAGUCCCAGCAAACUCUUCUGGAUAUCCUCAAUCAGGGACAACUUGCCAGCAUCUUCCUGGAUCAGAAGUGCCAAAAUAUCCUACAAGGAAACUUCAAACCUGACUUCUACCUGAAAUACAUCCAGAAGGAUCUUAGAUUAGCCAUUGCACUAGGUGAUUCCGUCAACCACCCUACUCCCAUGGCAGCUGCAGCCAAUGAGGUAUACAAACGAGCAAAAGCAUUGGACCAAUCAGACAACGAUAUGUCUGCUGUGUACAGGGCCUACAUCCACUAGGCUGCACCAUUCUUACUGUUAAUACCAUGAUUAUUAAUUAAUAUUAUGAUGAUACUGGGUUUUAACUCUGGACCAGUCCAUCUCUGUCUCUCCAUUUCCUUUUAUACACAAACUUUGUUGAGAUCUGCCACAAGGGCAGCUGCUGCGGUGAGCCUUCCCCUGGUGGCACAAGGGGGGAGGAGGGGGCUCGGAUUGUUGCAAUCUGAUUAGAACAUCCAUGCCAUGCACUGACAGUCACGGAACAGAAUGGUGGCGGCUGGUUCAGAAGCUCUGAGGCAAUUCAGCCAGAAAUCUGCUGCUUGGCUUUUUAUUUCUCCUUUGUACGCUUGUCCAAGAUGCUGUUUCUAACAAUUGCUUCUCUCCUUUUUCCAUGGGUAACAUAUGCAUUGGCCUCUCUGCAUCGAGGGACAGUUGUAAUACAUCCCAUUUACCUGUGAAUAUCAGUAGAACCCUAAGUCCCAGUUCGGGGGUGAGAAUUGCUCCUGCUCAUCACUACUGCUAUAGAACAAAGCACCUCCCAAGGGCAGUUCUGCAAGUUGAUGGGGCUGUAUGUAGGCUGCAUGCAACACUGUCUGAUCCCCCAGCACCUUGAUGGAGCAGCUCCUCAUACUGAUGGGAAGAGCAAGCUGUAUUAGUGUCUUCUCCUCUCUACAGAUAACUCUAGCUUAGGGACCACAGGUCAUGGUGGAUGAGAGACCCUGAUAUAAACACAGCCUCCUAAAAGGGUAAAAAGCUGCACAUCCCUGUAAACAGUGUUAAGAGAUUUAUAGGAGGUUGCUUAAAAAAAUCAUAAGUAAAAAUUCAAAGAUUAAAAUUGAGUCCAAAUUUUUUUCUUGCUGAAGGAACAAACCUUGAGGUCCUUACUGCCCUUAUUUUAUGUGGAUUUUUUAAAAUCAUCUGCAACCUCCACUUUUUCCUAACAGUUAUUUACAGACACUUCUUAGGUUCUGCCAAUAUCCCAAGUAGAGUCAUGAAUCUGAGAGAAGGGGCUAGAGGAAUGAUCAUAGGGCCAAGAGACAGAAAGUCGCACAGUUCCAAUCCAUGCUCUUCAUCUGUGGCCUUCAGGUGGUCAUUUUAGCUCUUUGACUCAGUUUCCACAUCUGUAAAAAUGGGCUUGAUAUUAACCUACCUCACAGGGAUGUUGUGAGGAUUGAUUAGUGAACUUCGAAAAUGUAAAAUUUCAUGUACAAGUGCUGAGUGUUGCUAUUAUGGGCACCACACUAGCAUAGCAUAAUAUCUCUUGCUGCGGUUGUGACUGCUUGGCAGGAUCCCAAGUUUAAGGAAGGCCUAGUAAAUAAAACGGGGGCCUAAAGUGCUGCUGAACUUGAGCCUAGAAGUGUUGGAGCUGAACUGCAGAAGUGAACUCACGAGAACACAGAAGAAUUUUUAGUGCCGAAGGUGGAGAAAGCCAGAGUCCAAACAAUGCCUGAAUCUGUAAAAACACAGAGCUUUAUUUUAAUUCUCUCAGUAUUUGCCUUUAAGGAGGAUUCUUGCAUUUUGGACUCGGAGAAUGAAAAGGUUAGUAAAACACCAGGAACCAGCUUUCUUGGCCAAGAUCACUUCCCACCUCCUUAGGUUGGGUAUCACUCUCGACUCCCUUUAUGCUGGAAUUCUGAAGUGGAAAAGAAAGCAAAUGCAGAGCAGGCUGUGUUCCGUUAGGUCCUUAAGGGCUGCUUGUCCUUUACCAUCAGAUCCUUUCUGUUGCAUUGGCUAAGAACAAACAGCCUUGAAACCCACCUUGGCAUUGUUGCCGCCUUCUUUGUUAAGGGCUGUUUAGGAGCUGCAGUGUUGUUUAGGGAAACCCUCUGAUAAUCCUGUGACUCGGGAUUUCUUUAGUUGAAGCAGAUGGCUUGCUUGCAAUGGUAUCUAUAAAGUUGUGAGUGUGGUUGAUUAAGAAAUGGGAACGCAUCAGGUAUCCAUUAUGGAAUAUAACAUCCAACUCCUCUCUAAAGGUGUAGAUGUGACUUAUGUUUUAAAUACUUCACCUCUUCUGAUGACCCAUUACUGUUUGUGAGCUAACACUGUAUUACACAUCCCCUUCUAUGGUAAGCAUCUCCCUGCAGUAAGAGAUCCUGUUAGACAUCACUUUGUGUGAUUAUCCAUUACAGUGUUUAUGCACAAUCCUAUAUUAUAUACAUGUCUGCUCAUGAAAACCAGUCAUCCUGCACCUAGGUAUCCUACGUUAAAUGUACAUGUAACCUUACCUGCUACUACCUAUCAGUCUGCUUUUGACAUCUUGUAUGCACACUUUACAAUCACAAUAAAUCCACAGUCAGCAUUCAAAAUCCUUGGUUAAACUCAUCACAGUUGUAAGAUGGUGCACAGCUUAUUUCAGUUUGAGGUACGUAGGGAAAGUUACUCACCUCUUCAGUGUGCAGGAGAUAGAUCUUAGAAUUUAUACUCCACGAUGUGUCUGUUAGGAACACUUGGUAUCUGAGCUGGUACAGUGGAGGGCUCUUAUGUCCCUGCAGAAGCCUUUUGGAAUAAAUUUAGGAUGAAUGGAUCUGAGCCAGUGUAGUCCAGGAUCUCCCUGCAUUACACUCUGGAACCAGUUGGGGAGAAGGAGCUCUUAAGUCUUGUGAUCCAUAUUCUAUAGUGAAUUCAAAGAAUUAUACAUAGAGAAAAAUAGUUCCUGGGUCACUGCACUACUGCAGGUUUGUUUUGUCAGAAACAGUCAUGUUCUCAAACUGGGGAUCAGAAUGUACAUGGGAGUGGCAGGCAGAGCAGCAAAACACUGUAAUUUAUCCUGUAAAAGUCUAACUGCAGCUCUCUAGCUAGAUGGAUACAGAUCUGCUGGAGGGUGUGGUGUUUCCCGCAGGACUGUACAAUUAUUGAUACAAGGGAGCAGAGAGAGCACUCUGAAAUAGAUAUGAAGCAUGGGGGAGGGGAGGAAAUGGCAAAAAGUGGACUGUUUCAGAUGCCAUUUCAGGUUCUGGCCCAGGAGUCUGUUUCACUUGGAUUCUUGUAUUUAUCUCUGUAGUCUCUGAACAUGAAUCCCAUUCUGUUUGCAGGCCUGAGACAUGCGCAGGUGGGAAGGGGAGAAGCUGUGGAUUGAGAGAUGCUAUAAUGAAACUGGCUAGUCAAUGUUGUCUUAAUAUUGUUGGCAAUUCUGUAAAGUUCCUUUUUAUGAGGAUUUCUGUUUUAGCAAUUUGCUUUAUUUUGACUCCCUCCUUUUUAAAAAGAAAAUGUGACACUUGUGAACAGCUUGUAAAGAAAAGCAGUUUCCUUUUGUUUCCUCAAUGACAGAUCCUAUAGGUAAUUAAGAUUGUGAAUUUUUAUUUUUUGCCUUGUUUUUAAUUAACGUUUGUCAUUCAGAAUAGGAUGUGUGAUAAUGUUUAAAUGGCAAAACAAAUUUUUUUUGUGCAAUUAACAAAGCUACUGGCAAAAGAAAAUAAAACCUUUCUUGGUAA